AUGUCCUGCGAGAGUCACCCAGCCCCUCUUUGCCUCGGCUCUGCUCUGCAACUGACGGCCCUCCCACCACAUGGGCUUCGGACGGCACGGGUGUGUACAGCUACCCCCAUUGGCACGGCCAUCCUGAUCAAUGUGAGAGACCUCAGUGGCCGUCUGCAGGAUACCCGGGCAAGGGGCAACCAGUCGAAUGCCAACACAAUGUCAGACUUGCUCCUUGUGCACCAGGUGGUGCUCACAGGCCCAUUAACCCCGAAGGUGAGGGCGGCAACAUCUCCCUUGCUCGGGAAGCAUGCUACUUGCUGGCAUGGGGUGCGCCCAACUACCCAGACCUUGCAGUUAGUACUGAUGCCUGUGGUGCUGGGUAUUGCGAUCUCACACACGCUGCCGCCCUGUUGGCCGACAUCCUGCAAGUCUGGGGGGUACCUCUCCACACUGAGCUGCCGCGAGGCUCCCGCCUUGGGAAAACCUGGCAGCGCUUUCCUGUAUGGCCUGGAGGUGUCCCAGACGCCUUGCUUGUGUCUACGGACGGCUCCGGGGAAAGCCACGGCGGGUGGGCCUUCGCUGUAUGGGCUAGGCGCAAGCUCACUUGGUACCGGCUCGGCUGUGCUACUGGACCUCUCGAUUUGGUACCCACUCCCGAGCUCCUUCAGCCAUACGCAAACCUCGUUCCAUGCCGAGAUGGCCGCAUUGCACGCUGCUGCGGCCUGGCUAAGUGCCUAUUGUGGUCUACAUGAGAUAUGGUGCAAGGCCUCGCCCCGGCUCAUCACUGUGGCGGUCAAUAACACUUCGGCGCUACAGAUUGCUUCCGGGCUAUCGGCAGCCCAUACCUGCGCAGCUCAGUCCCUCCGCUGCUUGUGGCAGCUAGUCCAGUCACAGCAGGCUGUGCACUUUUGCCACACCCCUAGUCAUGUUGGGGUGUUGGUGAAUGAGGUUGCAGAUUCCUUGGCUUCCCUAGGCGCAUCCGGCCUGGAAUGGCAUCAUCUCCCGCUUUGUACGGCCGCCGGCCUCCUUCCCCGACUGAAACAAUUUGGGCCGUGGCUAUGGGCUAUACGCCGCUGUCGCAUUGAAGGCGGUUUGCCGCGGUUAUAUGUUUGCCGGCCUAGGGUUGAGCCAGAGCCGGCCUCUGAGACCUGUCCUCAGCUUUCCCCUGAGCUGCACGCCCAACCUUCGUCCCAUGGGCAAGCGACUGCUGGAGCUGCACGGGACUGUGCAAGGGUUAAAGUCGUCUCGGCCAACAUCCAAACUAUCAAGGAUGAUCGCAAGUUCUUUUUCUCCGCUGCGGCGGGCGGCCAGCGCCGGGCCUUCUUGGGGAAGCAAGCCCAAGCCCUCUCCCUCGAUGUGCUUUGUCUACAAGAGUGUCGGAGCAAUGCCGGAAGGUAUGUUGCUGGACCCUAUCUUACCUGGCGCAGUGGGCAUGAGAAGGGCCAAUACGGAGUCGAAAUUUGGGUCCACCAAAGUGCCUUUGGCGGCGAUCUGCAGCUCCAAGAUUGGCGCAUUGUAACUUCCUCACCCAGGUAUUUGGCGAUCCGCUGCCAACGGCCUGACUUUCCGAUUGUCAUCAUCUCUGCUCAUGCACCUCACGCAGACAGGCCUCAGCAGGAAAUCGUGGAUUUCUGGUCCGCCUUGAGGCGUGAGAUUCAUGCUUUGCCCCUCUCCACUCCCCUCCUUAUCGGAGUUGAUGCAAAUGCAGAUUUCACCGCGGCAGACGGUGAGGGUCAGCUCAUCGGGGAUCUCGUUGACGGGCGCCCCCCACGGGAGGGUGAUCUGCAACUUCUCUCCUUCGCACAAGACCAUUUCCUUGAGGCACCCGCCACUUGGAGCCGCUUGCAUCAAGGGCAAACUUGGACAUGGCAGCACUCCUCCGGCAAAUGCCGGCGACACGAUCAUAUUUUGGUCUCUGCAGGUGUCAUCCUGGCGACAUCCUCGCAGUGCUUUCCGGAAUUUGAUAUCAUCAACAGCACUCUUGAUCACGUUCCGAUCUCCUGCGACCUACAAAUCUGCGCAGAAACGACGGCAACUGCCCAGGACCGAAGGCGGCGACCUAUCCCUCCUGACUCUGUUGCUACUGCCAUCGCCAGUCGUGUGUGGGAGAACUUCUCCUACCCCGGGGAUCCUGAGAGCGCUACCUCAGCUCUUUCAAAGAGGUUCCACCGGCUUGCCAAGGCCGAGCAGCGCCCUGACAGAGUAGUGCCACGGCAGCCGUACAUCUCUGAUGAAGCCAUCACGGUCCUCACUGCCCUCAAGGAGCGACGCCGGCAGCUCCGAUCACACGCGCGAGUGUGUAGUCGUAAUCUGAUGCACUUGGCCUUUCGGAUCUGGAGCACGCCAGACCGCCCUCGGGGCCAUGUUCGGCAGUGUGUGCGAAAUGGGCACCGCGCCUACGCACGUACCUGGCUAGCUGUUCUCAGGAUGAAGGAACACGCGCACUGGCUCGCCAGACGUGACAAGGCUGCACACUUCCAGCAGCUCACACAGAGUGCCACCGACUUCUGGCUUGACACCGGGCGAGCCAUGGAAGCUACUCACCGGCUCCGCUGGGCCUCUAAGCGCGCGGCCGAGCGACGCAAGGUCUUUGCUGCAGGAGGCCAUGACAUUGAUGCCGACUUGCUCCGACAGUUCCAACAACAGGAAGAUGGCCAACGCCUCACUGCUCAGGAACUGCAAGCUGAGCUCCGCAAAGCUUCUGAAAGCUCCUGUAGGCCGUGUGCUGGGGCCUUGCCGUCACUCCUCGAUGUCGAGCAUCAAUGCCGGCGACAAAAACUUCGUAAAGCGCCCGGGCCAGACCGAAUCAGUAACGGUCUGUGGAAAGGUCAGCCGGUCGCGGCGGCCCAAUGGCUGUGGAUGCUAUGCGCUGAUAUCGCCGGGCGAGGGAAGGAGCCCCCUCAGUUCAAGGCUGCUCUGGUGUGCGCUUUGCACAAAAAAGGCCCAGCCAGUGUCCCCAGCAAUUACAGAUCCAUCGCGUUACUUAAUGGUAUCGCGAAGAUCUGGCACGGGCAUGUCCGCAACUCCCUGGGACAGCAAGUUCUCUGCUCUUACCAUCCGCUCCAGCUGGGAGGCCGUCGUGGAGUGCACACCGGUUUUGCUGUGGCAUCCUUUCGAUCGCUGGUUGCCCUGAGUGACUUCGCGGGUCGCUCGUGGUUUGCCUUGUUCCUGGAUGUGCAAGCUGCCUAUUAUGAGGCGGACAGACAGCUCCUGUUUGGCCAGGACCAUGGAAGGGCAAGGCAGCGAGAGGCCUCCCGCCUCGUUUCUAGCCUCCUCGCAGAUGGAGUCCUCCGUCACCGAGGUAUUGCCGAGGAUGUGUGUGCCCUCCUUGAGGACUGCGUGCGUUGCUCCCACUGGUCGCUCUGCGGUCAUGAUGCCAUCAUCCUAGCUGGCAGGGGUAGCCGGCCUGGCGAUGGUCUAGCGGAUGUGCUCUUCGGGGCAAUUUUCGCACAAAUCCUUGAUGAUGUUGAGGCACAGCUGGUGUCCCUGCAGAUUGGGCACCGCUCAGCCUCUGAGGCCGUAGGUGGCCCGUGCAGACCGCUUCAGAUCGCCUGGGCUGAUGACCUCUCGGUCCUGGUUGACGCCGACUCGGCAACCCAACUUGCUGACGAGGUCCCUGUCGUUACGCGGGUUGUAGUUGAGACGGCUGAGAUGUACCGCCUGCGGGUGAACCUCGGACCGGGCAAGACCGAAGGCCUCCUGCAUCUCCGGGGCCCAGGCGCUUCCGCCGCCCGUGCUGCUCUUUUCCUGCCAUCUCCACAGGUUCCCUUCGCACCUGGCCGUACUCUGCGUCUUGUUGCUGAAUACAAGUACUUGGGGGUGCCACAGACAGCACCCGACAACGGCCGCCGGGAUGCCGAAGCCUCUGUGCAGCGCGGCCAGGCCGCCUGGAGUCAAGCGAAUGGGCUCAUGCGCUCCCCGUCCCUUCCAGUUGAGGUCAAGGCGCUCGACGUCUUGGUGCCGGCCGCCACGCCGCAAGUCGCCACCAUCCUGUGUCGGGCGCGACUUGCAGUUCAAAUUGCCACCACUGCCCCUGCUGCUGUCCUCGAUCUUGUUGAAGCCUCGUGUGAGCGCGACUUGCCGUGGACGUCCCUGCUCAAGGACGCAGUGUACACAGUUGGUGUCUUCGCCGGGCUGUCUCCUGAUCAGUUACGGGAUAGCCCGAUGCGUAUUGCCCGCGCUCACGACAGACUCCUGAGAGGCGCCUGCCGACGGUUCGGCAGAUUCGCCUCAGGGCUGCUUGCCUUCCACAGGCUCUGGCGCAGCCGCGCCACCCGCGCUCAAACUGGCACUAUCGGACAGUCUAAUCCGGUGCAGUGCCCAAUGUGCGGAUGGAUUGGACGUACUGCCCAGGCACUUGCGGCACACCGGCAUCGCAAACACGGCACCCUGGCUAGGGCCACUGAACUCUGCAAUGGUACUACCUGCAGCUGGUGUCUUCGAGACUUCCAUUCUUCUGAUCGUCUAAAGUACCACAUCGUUACCUCGGCCGGAUGUCGCCUUCCCCUUGAGAUCUCUGUCGGGGCGCACCACCAAUACGGGUCGGGUACGAAAAGGCGCGGCCCGCAGCAACAUCGCCGGUUGCCCCCGAUUCAGCUGUGCGGUCCUCGUAAUGCCACCCCGGCUGAGCGGCUCGCCUGGGAUACUGAUCAGCCGUGGGAUGCAGCAGGCCUUCUUGUCGAGUGGGAAGAGGCCCAGGCCUCCCUCGAGGCCGAGGAACCCCCACACACUGUGGCAGCUGCAUCAGGAGCGACCACUGCUCCCUGUCUGCCUGCCUCUGCCUCUGCUCUUGCGAUUGCCCAGCUGGCUGGCAGAAGCUUCUUCUUUCAAGACCAAGGCCUCGCGCCAUCUCCCCUCUGGUCUGGGCUGCAGCGCGAAGCUGCAGGCUGGUGGCUUCCACACAUUUGGCAAAACAUCGCACGGUUCUGGCAGGCCAUGGCCGAUUCUACUGCCCUCUCGCCCCCAAUCCUGACUGGUUACCGGGCAGCCAUCCGCUCUCUUGCGGAUGUCCAUGACGUCCCGGCCCACUGUCCGGUAUCCGGGGGAAUCUCCGCUACUGGCCCUGAGCUUCUUCUUCGGCAUACACUCACUCUUCUGCACCUCGCUCGGCUUGUGCCGUUGGGUCAUGCCUUGUGCUCUGCUGUUCCACCCAGCAGUUGUCUUCGUGCGGCUUUGGGUUGCAUUUGCCCGGAUGCUGCCUGGUUUCUCACUGUCUUGCAGGAUCAGCCUGUUUGGAUUUUCGCUUCCCUCGGUUCUUCCCUGUCGCGGCUUGCCUUUCUUUUUCGGCAUCCGCCCUCUCCUCUCGCUUUCGCGGCUCCCCACCAGCUGUCUUCUUCCUGA